AUGGAGGCUGGUAAAGAAAAAGAGGUACAUGGUUUUCCCUCUACACCUUCUCAACCCUCAUCUUCUUUGCUUUCUGCCAUCAGGGCUGUUGAGGAGGCCCAUCAACAGUCCACACAAGUGGCACCACCUUCAAAAUCCAAAUCCUCAAAACUAACCUCAGGUGCCUCUCAAAAGGCACCUGUUGUAAAAUCCAAGAAACACAAACCUGAGGGGAGUGUGAUUGGAGUAAGUGAGGGGGAGGGACAGGGUGAACAUAAAAAAAACCCUGAGGAUAAGGCUGGAGAGGUGAGUGAUAACCAGCCUAGCCACUCUGCAGUCUCCCAAAAGACUAUAGAGCUUAAUAAGGAUUCAAACACAUCCCUAGCAGCAUCCUCCCAAAAGGAUGUUGCUAUUGAAAAUAGUCCCCAUCCAGGGACACAACAAAAGAGGGGGAGGGACACACCAUCACCCAUAAAAGCCUAUGGGAGAAAGAAGCUCAGAGGUGACAAGUCCAAGCACAUUGCACACACUGAAAUUUCUCAAAGUCAGCUUGAUGUGGCUCCAAUAAAUGUGGAGUCACAGCCCACUUCUACUUCUCAAUCUAUCUUCCACAUACAUGAUCUUACUAUUCCUACAGCUCAAACACUUUCCCCCAUCUCUUCUGUGGAUGUGGAGUUAAUUCACACCACAAUUGUAAAUUCUCCAUCGUUAGAUUUCAUGGAGAAGCCCCUCUAUGAGAUUGAUCAUCAUCAUCUUGAUGAUUUGUUGGAUCUCUCUCAUCAAGUUUCUUCUUCUGUGACAAUGUGUUCUGUGGAUUUACAUUCAAAAUCAAUCACCACAGACUCAACUGUCACAGCUUCCUUGCCUUUUUCUUCCUUUUCUUCAACUGAUCUCUUCCAUCAGUUAAACAGUGUUUGUCCUUCAACUGAUGUGCUUAACAGCCUUUAUCAGUUGAAAGCCUCAACUACUCAUGUUUCAACUGAUGUCCCUCAUCAGUUGACAACUGUUGCUACUUCAACUAAUCUACCAUCCUCUACAGCAGUUGAUCACAUGGUAGCACAAACACUUUUAGGACUGAAUGAAGUGAGUUCUGGAGUGGAGAGGCAGCCUUGGGAGCUGACAAAAGGAGAGAAGUGGAGAGUCUGGCUAUUUCUUCAAGCCAGGAAAAAGGAGAGGAAAGGAGUGGCCCUUUAG